UUCAAAACGCAACCCACAAGCAAACUUCAAAUGUGCUGUCAUAAAACAAGGAAAAUCAACAAGUAUAUAUUUAUAAACAAUAUCAAUAAAUAAAAACAAUACACCAUGCCGCAGCCAUAACUCCGUCACUAUCACCAAACAUAACAAUUAAACAUUAAAAUAAUGUGUUUUUACCUCACUACUUAGUUCCGGAAAAGUUCAAUAAAAUGAAGACCAGUGCCGCCUUUCUCACUUCACUGUUAAUAACUACAGCAAUAUUCGGAGAUUAUGUCGUAUUUAACUCUAAAUACUCGAAUUCUCAAGUGUUUCGCGCGUUUUCUGACACUUUUGUUCAUGGAAUAUUGGGCGGCUUAUCGUCUGUGGUGUUCUUUAAUUAUGACAAUAGUUUGAAUUUUCACUCGUAUAUUACUUACAUUAUAUUCUGCACUGUUGUGUCUUCGUUGAUCGAUAUUGAUCAUGUCAUCGCCGCUUGGUCUUUGCAGUGGAAGGAUAUAACCAAUGCAAAACAACGGGGCAUAUUCCAUGCCACAACAUUUUGGCUGAUCGUAGUCUUAAUCCUCACUCUAUACGGCUAUGUUAUAAAAAAACAAAGCUUAUAUACUCUCAGUGCAAUUCUUCUGGUAUCUGCGUUAAGUCAUCAUCUCAGAGAUGCAAAUAGAAGAGGUAUAUGGAUGCCUCCACUUGGAUCGACUCCUCCAUUAAAUAAAUUGAUUUAUAUUACGUUAUUAGGUAUAUGUCCUCAUAUAUUAGCAUAUGUAUACCAACAUACUAAAUUUAGGUUUUAUAAGCAUGUGUAUCAAGAUUUUGUUGUUUGAAAAUAUUAUUGUAUAAUCAUAUAUAUUUCGUCCUUUUGAGAUUAUGGGCUUUCUUCAAAGUACAGCUUUGAUAGCCAUAUAGCACACUCUUAACAAAACAAUGACAUAUUUCAAAAUUGUUAUUUUUUGGCAGUCGUCGGAAAACUGAUUUCAGUGUGCGGCCUUUUAUUUUUCCCUUUUUAUUCAUGCUAUAGGUUGAAUUUUUUACCUAUCUUUAAUAAGCUUAAUUUUAUAGCAACUUAAAAAAAAAGUUAGCGAACAAAAAUUAGUUUUCCGACUGCCACAAAUUAACAAUUUUGAAAUAGGUCAUUAUUUUAUUAAAAUAAUGCUAAAAAAACUUUAGUACCUAGUAACUGGCAAGUGGCUAUUGCCAUUGUCGAUCAGAGUUGGAUUUAUACAAUUUAAUUAAGUACUAUGGAUGAAGAAUAUGGGCAAGACACAGAAAAUACACAAAACGCAGACGCAGAAUUCUCAAGUAGAAUGGAGUCAACAAAACACUCCGGGACAUUUUCCAAAUAUUUGGGGAAGAUUGUAUUUAACGAAGGCAUCCUUAAGAGUGUGAUAAGUAAAAGAGGCAAUAACCAACUAUUACCUUAAUGACUGUUAAAGCUGUUUUUAGGAUGGUUUGAAUUCACAUAGUUAAUGUAACUUGUUCGGUAUUAUAUAAAGCUAUUUAAAUCACAUACUGCA